AUGACUUCAAACCAAGAAGACCACAUUCUAAUACAUGAGAGUAGAAACACCAAAUAUAAUCAGUUGAAUCUUGAUCAGAAGAGAACUUACAUUCAGAAGGUCAUUGAUAAUAAUAUAAAGAGGAAAAGAAAUGAUUUAGCUGGCAGUAGUACCAAUAGCAAGGGGAAACGCAAGAUUGAUUUGUUUUGUGGAGCGCAACAGCGAGAAUAUCCGCAUGGAGGUCAAAUUACACAUGAACCAGUAUGUUCUUUAUUACAUAAACUACAGACUCCAAAGUCUUGUUCAUUUUGUGGAGCAAAAAAGUUUGAACAUGAGCCACCAACAUACUGUUGUCACAAUGGUGAAAUCCACAUGGCAGAUGUGAAUGUUAAUGACGAGUUAUAUGCCCUUUAUACUGUACAAACCCAAGAGGCAAUUGAGUUUCGAAGACAAACCAGAAAGUAUAAUAGCAUUUUCUCAUUCACAUCAUUUAGGGCAAGGUUUGAUAGAGAACUUGCUUCAAACAGAAAGGGUAUUUUCACAUUUAGAGCACAAGGACAAAUAUAUCAUAAUCUCCCCUCUCUUAUUCCAGAAAAAAAUAAGCCUUCCUACUUUCAACUCUACUUUUACGAUACGGAGAAUGAGUUGCAAAAUCGAAUGGGAAUAUUAGAUAAUGCAAACAUGAGUACGACUACAACUAAAAGAUUGAUGGAUAUAUUAGAAGGAAACCCAUAUGCAAAAUUUCUGCGGAAACUAAAUGAUUUUCCAUCUCUUGAAGACUUCAAGAUCAUUAUAAAUAGAGAUGCUGCAGUAGAUCAACGUGUUUACAACUCGCCAACAGUGGAUCAGGUUGCAGCUAUCUGGGUAGAGGGAAAUAAUGAUAAUGUUCCGUAUGAGAGAGAAAUAGUUGUCCAUUCACACUCUGGCAAGAAUCAUCAAGUUAAGCACUAUUUUGGUUGUUAUGAUCCUUUACAAUAUCCUUUACUCUUUCCAGGCGGAGAUGUAGGGUGGCACCAAAAUAUUAAAAGAAGGGAUAAAAAUGAUAUUCGCCGGUCAAAACAAGUAAAUACAACAUCUCAAGUAACUCAGCAAAUGUUUACAUCUGCAGAAGAUAUAUUUAAACGAGAAAGGGAAGGUGUUAAAGCACCAAAGGCAGGAAGCGUCUCAUGUCGAGAAUAUUAUUGUUACAAGUUCCAGAUAAGAGACACUCGACAAUCUACAGUAUUAACAUCGGCAGGCCGUUUGUUCCAUCAAUAUGCUGUUGAUAUGUACAUAAAGCUUGAAACAACAAGACUUGAUUAUUUUAGAAAGAAACAAUCAGAAAUCAGAGCAGAGUUAUUCCAAGGCAUAGUCGAUAGUGUAGCUUCUGGAGAAGCAAAUGCAUGUCAAGUCGGUAAAAGAAUAGUUCUGCCAUCAUCAUUUAUUGGUGGUCCUAGAGAUAUGCGUCGUAGAUAUCUUGAUGCAAUGUCAUUAGUACAACGAUUUGGCAAACCUGAUAUUUUCAUCACAAUGACAUGCAAUCCUGAAUGGGAAGAAAUCACGGAGGAGCUACAUCCAGGACAGACACAUAAUGAUAGACCAGAUCUAACCUCAAGGAUAUUUAGAGGAAAAUUACAAGACCUGAAAGAUCAGCUAUUUAAAAAGGAAAUCUUUGGAAAAGUUGCAGCCCAUGUUCAUGUCAUCGAGUUUCAAAAAAGAGGUUUGCCUCAUGCACACAUGUUGAUUAUUCUAAUGGGAAAACACAAAAUCGUCUCAUCUAAUCAUUAUGAUAAGUACGUAUCAGCAGAAAUUCCAAACCAGUAUGAAAAUCCAAUCCUAUAUGAACUGGUUGAUAAGUACGUAUCAGCAGAAAUUCCAAACCAGUAUGAAAAUCCAAUCCUAUAUGAACUGGUAAAAAAACAUAUGAUGCUAUGA